AUGCCUCCCAAGCCACGCGGCGACUUUGUUUGUUCGGUGUGCGGCUUCAGAUGCCGCUAUGAUUACUUUGGCAAGACUCCACCGUUUGAGCACGAAGCAGUGAGGUGGGUUGAGGACAUCUUCGCUUUGAAGAAUCCGUCUCCCGCAGAAUACGGGUCCGUUCAGAGCAUCUGCUUGGGAGCCCUUUGCAGUGUCUGUGCUUCCCCAGUGUGCGUGGAUGACAAAUGUUCCUUGUGGCGGUCCUGGGCUCGCCGAUGGCCGGGAAAAAGUUUGGAUGCUGUUGCUGGCAGAGCUCAGGUUUUACAAGCUCCGCUUCUGCAAAACUUGUUCGCAGCAGGCUGA